GACUGUUAUGACUUUCAAAACAAAUGGACGUGUUGUGCAUGCGCUUUUGAUUGUUCAGAAUGUUUUCCAUCAUCAAUAACGUUUCCUCAAACGCUUUGCACUCUUUCCUACAAUAGGGUUGCGUGAAAAAGACUCCACAGAACUGUACAAUGGCAUCUGGAAGCGAUAAGGAUGCUUCGAAAGAAGGGAAUUUCAGGAUUCCUGGCCUGAGAGGAGCGAAGACCACCACGCUUUUCCGAGCUGUCAACCCUGAGCUCUUCAUUAAACCAAACAAGCCUGUGAUGGCCUUUGGACUUAUAACAAUCACCUUGUGUGUGGGCUACCUUGGCUACCUUCACGCCACCAAAGAGAACGACCAGCAGCUGUAUGAAGCUAUUGACAGUGAAGGGGAGAAGAACAUGAGGAGGAAAACCUCGAAAUGGGACUGAUCACAUCAGAUAUGCAAUAUAUCCUGAACAUUAUUGUGGGAAAAUGGCUUGGGCUGAAAGCACUUGAUCUGUGUAUAAAAUGAUUAUGGUUAUUACAUUUUGUUAAAAUUAGGCAAUAGCUAUUGGAUUCAUUUAUUAAACUAUUGAAGCCUCAAUUUACAUUAGAGAAUAAAUACAACAAGGUAAACCCAUAGAAACCCUAUAGAGGAUUCCACAUCAAGAAAGAGCUGACCAGUGUUGAAACAGCACCAUAGAUUGCAUCACAAUUAGUUUUUUUCUUUUUCAGACAUGCAUUUGGAGUCAAAUGUACUUAUAUAUUGUUUUGUUCUUCUACAGUGCAGCAUUUUAAGUACUUUAAACAUAUCUCUGUAGCUAGUUUUAAAUAAAGCAAGAUAUCCCACCCUAUGGGUUGGGAGUUAAUGCUUCAAUAA